AAUAGGAGCAAAAGAAAAUGCAGUCGAAUGCGAGUGUUCUUCGGAAAGCGAAGAAGAACGUGGUGGCAAAAAAGCACGUAUUAAAAUAUCUUCAGUGAGUGAAUUCUUAAUUCUUAUAUAACACAUUUAACUAUUUUAUAUUUGCAAAGGUAUGGAAAUAUUUUAAUAAGUCGGAUGACAAAAAACUGGCAAAAUGUGUUAAAUGUGCUCGUGAGUACAAGACUAGUGGCAACACUACAAAUUUAAGAGACCACUUAAAAAGGAUGCAUCCAAAUAUUGAAAAAGACGAAGAUGAGUUUUCAACAACUGCGUCAAGCUGUCGCACAAGUUCUCGGUCAGUGAGUUCUUUUUUUAAAAGGGCUAUAGAAUAUGAUAGCUCUUCUCAAAGAAAAGCUGACAUUGACGUUGCACUAGCAAGUUUGAUUGGUGAAGGAAUGCAACCAUUUAAUCUAGUUGAGGAUACUAGUUUCCGCAACUUCGUCAAAGUCUUGGAUCCCAGAUAUGUGUUGCGUCCAAAAAUACAUUGAAAAAUGUUUUUGUGAAGAAUAUGUAUGACGAAAAAAAAAAUCAAACUUCAAGAACAUUUGAAUGCAGUUGAGCAUGUGGCAAUCACUACGGAUCUUUGGACGUCUGCCGCAAAUGAAGCAUUUAUAACAUUGACUGUCGUUUUAUCGAAGAAUAGUUUGUGUUGAAGAAUGCUGUACUGCAAACAAAAAAAUUAAAUGACGUUUUGAACCACAAUGCACAAAACAUUGCAAAUACAGUUUCUGAUGUGCUAAAAAAGUGGAACAUUUUUAAUAAGGUUAUCUGCAUCGUUACUGACAACGCAAAAUCAAUGUUAAACGCAUGUGAUAUAUUGAAAAUUGCACACUUACCUUGCGUUGCACAUACUUUAAAUCUCGCUGUGCACGACGCUUUGAUGCUGAAGGCGGAGGAUGGAUAUUUGAAGCCUAUUAUAACAAAAUGUAAAAAUAUUGUACACUUUUUCAAAUGCAGUUCUAUUGCGACUGAAAAAUUGAAAGAAGCGCAAAAUACACCAACACCAUUGAAAUUGAUUCAGGAUAUGCCCACAAGAUGGAACAGCACAUAUAAUAUGCUAGAGAGAUUGUUAACUUUACACGAUGCUGCCGCUAUUGUUCUUUUAGCUAUAGGUAAAGCUCCUCCACCUCUUUCUGCUGAUGAAAAAAAUUGUGUACGCGAAAUAGAAAAUCUGCUUCGUCCUUUCAAUGAAGCUACAAAAACUUGCUGUGGGAACAAUGUCACCUUGUCUUUGAUAAUACCCAUUGUGUAUGGCCUGUAUCAAAGGAUGUAUGAAAUUAAAUGCCAAAUAGAAACAACUGAAGCCAUAACUCUAUGCAAAAACUUAAUUGAAGGACUGAGAAAGCGAAUGUUUCAAUAUGAAACACGAACUGCUCCACGAUUGGGGUCACUUCUCGACCCUCGGUUCAAGCGUGAAGGAUUUAUUUCUAGCAGCAACGCAGAACAAGCAACCAUUCGCUUAGAUAAUGAAGUUAUGAGUCUUCUCGAAAAUGAACCGCCAUCUUCAACUAAUAAUGCACCACCAAAAAGUGUUUCUCUUUUCGCAUUUAUAGAGAAGAAAAAUGCGGAGAAAAUAAAGUCGAAGAAAGCGGAUGCCAUCAUUCUCAGGCGUCAAUAUUUAGAAAGAGAAAAUACGGCAGAAGAUUCAAAUCCUUUAGAUUUUUGGAAGGUAAUUGAAAAUGAUUUUUUUCCUUUAAAGAAGUUGGCUUCAAAAUAUUUAUGUAUACCGGCCACAUCAACUGAAUCGGAAAGAGUUUUCAGUAAGGCCGGUUUAGUUAUAACUGAAAAAAGAAGCCGCAUAAAAGAAAAAAAUGCAGAUAUGCUAAUUUUUUUAAAUAAAAAUACUUGGAUUAAUUAAAUUUUUGUAAAUGUUUUUUUCUGUACUCUACAUUUAAUUUUUAUUGAACGCAAUCGAUACUAUUGAAAGUCUAACA